ACAAAAAUAUUCUCUUUAUAAGUAAACUCGUAUGGAUGCCUUCUCUUUCAUUCUCUCCAUGAACUCUCUCUCCCUCUCUGUACUCUUUUUAUCAAUUCCUAUUUGAUUCAAACAUUUCCUUUGUGGGUUCUUUGAGUCUAGAAAAUGUCUGAGAACGAAGUCAAGGAUCCUCGUAUCGAUGGCAUCAAAACUAAGAUCCGUGUCGUUCCAGAUUUUCCCAAGAAAGGAAUAAUGUUCCAAGACAUAACAACACUGCUGCUAGAUCCUAAAGCUUUUAAAGACACUAUUGAUUUGUUUGUUGAGAGGUAUCGACACAUGAACAUCUCGGUGGUUGCAGGUAUAGAGGCUCGCGGUUUCAUAUUUGGUGUACCCAUCGCAUUAGCCAUUGGAGCAAAAUUCGUUCCUCUUCGUAAACCCAAGAAAUUGCCCGGCGAAAUAAUAUUCGAAGAGUAUGAGUUGGAGUAUGGAAGUGACCGGUUGGAAAUGCACGUCGAAGCUGUAGAUUCCGGUGAUAGAGCAUUGGUCGUAGAUGAUCUUAUUGCUACGGGCGGGACUCUCUGUGCUGCCAUGAAUUUGCUCAGAAGAGUUGGAGCAGAGGUCGUUGAAUGUGCAUGCGUUAUCGAGUUACCCGAAUUAAAUGGGAGGGAGAGAUUAGAAGGAAAGGCAUUGUAUGUUCUCGUUGAGUAUCAAUGAAGUCAUUAUUAUUUUUAAAAUUGGAGAAAAUUAGUGGGCAAGGCAAUACAAAAAUCUUAAGCAUAAUGCGAUGGUUUUUAGAUUUGGGUCAAUUGGUCGGUUAAUUUAUGUUUUUUUUGAAUUUAUGGAACAACGGGCGAAGAUUACAAAUUUAAAUUUGGCGUUUUGCAAAAUUUCGUGUCCCAUCUAUGUAUGAGAAGCUCCCAUGGGAAUUGAAUGGCUUGGUUCGUAUCUAAGUAUAAAUUAGUUAAUUGGUUUUCUAUAUUCUAGUAUUGUGAUGUUAUAUAUUGGAGAUUAAAUAAAUGGACUCCAGUGGGAAAACAAUUGAUAA